AUGAAAUUAACAAAUAAUAAACAACAACAACAACAACAACAAGGAGGAAAUAGAAACAUUGUAAAGAAUAAAAAGAAUGUAAAUAAUAAAGAACAACAACAACAACAAAAGAAUACAACAACAACAGAAGAAGAAACAACAAAGAAGAAUGUUAUCAUUAAACCAAUAGAAAAAGUAGUUGAUGCAGAAGAACAAUGGGAUGAUCAGUCAUCAUCAGAUUAUUCAUAUGGUUCAGAUGAUUCAUCAAUUGAAUCAUCAGCAUCAGAUGAUAAAGAUGUUGUAGAAAAUCAAGAUAAAGUAGAAAAAGAAAAUGAAUCAAGUGAUGAUGAUGAUGAAUCAAGUGAUAGUGAAUCGGAAUCUGAACAAGAGAAAGAGAAACCAAUUAUAGUUAAUAAUAAAUCAGGUAUAUCAAAUCUAAUUUGUAAAUGGUUAUCAAAAUCAACACAUAUUGGAGAUUAUGACAAAGAAGCAAUGGUUGGUAGAGAAAAGAUUGAUCGAUUUACGAGUGAAUUGGAAGACAAGAUUCAAAAUGGAUUCGUAUCGACACAAUCACCAUUUGUAGCAUUGGAAAAGGAGAAUGAAAGAAAAAAGAAAUUAAAAGAGGCCAAGCAACCAGUCACUGUCCAUUCAAUGACUAAAAAUAACCUAGAUAAAAUGUUGCUACAAGGCAACAACAAGGUUAAAAAAGAAUCCUACUUUAAACAACUUUCUCAAAAUAAUUUAACUUCAAUCUCUCCAAAUAAUCGUUAUCAACCCUAUGGUAGAAAUAAUAAUAUGGAUAGUAAUAAUAAUAAUAAUAAUGAUUCUAGGUCAUCAAUGUCUUCUUCAAAAAAUUUUAAAUCAACCUCUGAUCAAAAUAACAAAAAUAAUAAUAAUAAUAAUAAUAGAUUUAAAAAUAAUAAUGGAAAGAAAUUUAAUUUUGGAUCAUAA